CUCCGGGAGGGGGGUCCAGCGCGGAUCCAAGAAAUCCGCGCGGAGCGCCAGCAGUUCAUGUUUAUGCAGUUUUCUCUUCUUCUACCACUGGCGUCGCUCAAGCAAAUUUGGCUCGCGCCGCCUUGGGCUCUCAAGGCUCAUUGGUUCACGUACGGCUACGUUAAGUUAAUCCCCCGACGACGGGUCUCCAGAUGCAGAUGGCAUCAAAUUAUGUGCUCGUCUUGCUCGUGCAUGCACUGGUGAGAAUUUCAGCAGCGGUGAAUCUUGGGUAUUUGUCAUCCGCGUCGACGGCAGCACCAACGCCAGAUAAGAGGCCGACGGCCACCCCCAAGAACGCGUGGAUUUGGAACAUGCACGCUAAAGGCGAUACAAAAAAGUUUAUGUAUGACCCAGUCAUACUCACAUUGGGCGAGGCAUUGCGCGAUUACGGGGCCAAUGUUACUUUCGUGUCCAAGGACAAUUUGGAAUCGGAUGAACACAGAAAUGCCUUGCUAGAUGAUGUCACCGCCACAGUGGCACGUGGCCAGAAGCCUCUCAUUGUGGCACUCGCUUUUUUUUUCACUGGUGCGGAUGAACCGUUGUCGAUCUUGCGGAAGUGCAAAGAUCUUGGCGCGUUUGUCGUCUUCUAUCAGUCGGAAGCCUAUGACUUCUUGGAUUUUCACGAGCACCUCCGUAUGUGCGAUGGUUUGUGCGACGAGAUCUGGGAUUUCUCGCAUGCGAAUCUGGACAACUACCCCGAGUCUUGGAGACGUGUUAAAAACCGAUACGUGCCCCCAGGGUAUGCGCGGGCCUUGGACUUUGGCGUUAGCGUGGCGAAGCAGGGGACACACGUGAAGAAUAUUGCUUUCCUAGGCCAGUGGGGUGUCCGACGCGAUUAUCGAGGAGCUCCGUUGGAGCCACUGUACCGCGAAGUGUUCGGUACCAAGCUAGUCAGCAAGAACGACAUCCAUACGGCAGAAGAUUUCACUGGGUUCUUCACAGAAUAUCCGGUGCAAUUGGUCACGUACAGGAAUGAGAAUUGUUGCCCAAGUACAAAUGUUUUGUUGGCAUUCCGCAUGGCGCAGCUCUUCUCGAAUCGAGCCUGUGUCAUAUCGGCUCGCGCCUACCCGCAUGACGAGGAGGAGUUUCAGGGCAUAGUGCACUUCGCGGAGCGGUCCCAAAUAGCCAAAGUGUUCGACGAGAAGAGCAGGGAUGUCGGCAACUGCCAGAAGCAGGGUUUCGAGAAGUUUAAAGCCAAGUUCAAGCCCUUUUCGAUUUUGAAGCGCUCUGGCUUCUUCGACGUCUGGUAACUCUCUAACUCUGGACAUGUCGGGCUCUUCUCUUCUCCUCUACUCUCUUCUCUUCCUCUCUCCCCCUCGUUCUCGUGGUCGUCGUGAUAUCAGAUCCCCAGGGGCCUGCAGAAUCUUCCGCAGCAGGCCCGAACAGGGGUUCAUGCUCCAGGAUGCCAGUGCCAGGGACUGAUUUUCCCUCGCCAUUGUGUCCUGCCGUCGCUCUGGGGCAUCUUACCAGGAGCGAGGGGCGAACGCGGACUCAAGAUAUCCGCGCGCAGCGCCAACAGUUUGUGUUACGCUACCCGCUGUCUCUUUCAGUCUUGACCAGGCCCCCCCCAGGAAAAAAACAUGUUGCUAGCCCUGGUCUGCCGGCCGCGCGAAGCUCUUCCCAGCCUUGGCCAGUCUCCAUUUCAGAGGA